AAAAAAAAAAACACUGGGCACAAUCGGUGAAACAACAUAGAUGUUUCUAGGAAAAGUGGUAGUAAUUCCUUGUUCAUGCUCAAAAAGUCCAACAGGAAAAAUCUUCCAAUUCCAAUUUCCCAUCGGUAAUCAGACCCUUCCUUCUUUUCCCAUUUCUCUGUCUCUCUCCUUAUUUUAUGGCCUCUGAAGAAGAGAGAUUUUGAAACCAUUCAUGGAAGAGUGCUAACAGAAAAAAGAGGUUGGUAAUGGGGAAUUGCUUUGGAUCUAAGACUGGUGAAUCUAAUCCUGGCACCAGUAACCGCAGCAUCACCACUGGACCAUCCACUACAGGGACAUCAAACAAUUACAGCAACGGUGGGGGAUAUUCGGUGACAAGCAGCAGCGCGGGCCAGAGCCGGUUUUCGGCUGCAGUAAGCGAGGGGACAUGUUGUGAUGGGGAAAUAUUGCCCACACCGAACUUGAAGAUAUAUAGUUUUGCGGAUUUGAAGAGUUCCACAAAAAAUUUUAAGUCUGAUUCAGUGUUGGGUGUGGGUGGUUUUGGGACAGUGUUCAAGGGAUGGGUUGAUGAGAAGACGCUUCUGCCUUGUAAAUUUGGCACUGGAAUGAUUGUUGCUAUCAAGAAAUUGAACUCGCAAAGUACACAAGGGUUUGAAGAAUGGCAGUCAGAAGUGAAUUUUUUAGGAAGGCUUUCACAUCCUAACUUAGUCAAGCUGUUGGGAUACUGUUGGGAGGACAAAGAACUACUACUUGUGUACGAAUUUUUGCAGAAGGGAAGCUUGGAAAACCAUCUGUUCAGAAGGAAUCGCGCCAUUGAUCCACUUUCAUGGGAUACACGACUCAAAAUAGCUAUAGGUGCAGCACGGGGGCUUGCUUUCUUGCACACUUCGGAGAAGGAAAUUAUUUACAGAGAUUUUAAGGCCUCUAAUAUACUCCUAGAUGAGAAUUACAAUCCAAAAAUAUCAGACUUCGGCUUAGCAAAAUUGGGUCCCUCAGGUGGAAACUCUCAUGUGACAACCCGAAUUAUGGGCACAUAUGGUUAUGCUGCUCCUGAAUAUGUUGCAACAGGUCAUCUUUAUGUGAAGAGCGACGUGUAUGGCUUCGGUGUUGUGCUACUUGAGAUGUUAUCAGGUUUACGGGCACUUGAUACCAGACGCCCCAGUGGCCAACAUAAUUUGAUUGAUUGGGCAAGACCUCUUCUCUCUCACAGAAGGAAGUGGAAGACCAUUAUGGAUGCGCAAAUUGAAGGCCAAUAUUCUUCUAAGGCAGCUUUACAGGCCGCUAACCUUUCCCUAAGAUGCCUCGAACAUGACCCUAGAAAGCGCCCCUCCAUGAAAGAAGUUGUGGAGGUGUUGGAACAGAUCGAAGCCAUGAAGAAGAAGCCAUAA